GGUGGUGAAGAGUAUGAACAACAGACGCCUCGGACGCAAACAGUGAAUAUUAAUACACAGCCGACCGGUACCAUGGCCGAAUCGAUGUUCCAACCAGGCGAGACGGAGAUUAUGGAUAACGGGACUUAUGGGGACGAGGUUGACAAUGACGACGAUGACGAUGGUGGAGCCCAUAUGCAUGGAUUUGGUGCGACGACGAUCACCGAGACACGUGGAAUUAGUGACUUUAUGACGGGCGACCGUGAUGACUCGCCUGGUCAGCAGUUCUUGGAGGAAGAGCUGUACAAGUUACGCGUGAAGCCCGGUGGAAGUCAGUCGGCGAUAACCCAUAAAACGUGGGAAGUGGCAAGAGACGACCAGGAUGAGUACGAGGAGGGUCAUGGCGCGUUUACGGAGUCUGGCUUGCCUGAAAUACCAGACUCGGGUAACUAUACAGAUCGUCGACCAUCAUCCCCGCCGCUUCCGCCUAUUCCACUUGGUCAAGAUGGAAGCAGUCGCCGUGAUAUGGUACCCUCACAAAACUCUCAACUUUGGAACCAGGCCGGUGGCGAGUUCGGCGAGACGCUUCCUCCGCCGUGGCAACGAAUCCACCAACGUUUACUCAGCUGGGCGAUCAUAUGGCCCAUGAGCGAAAUCGAUGGCGCGUUGAAUAGUACGACUCGCGGACAGCAAGUGGACGAGGUUGCACUAAGUAUCUGGUCGACUCAAACGUACAAGCGAUAUGUGAGGAGUCGUAUGACUGACAGUCCUGGUGGACGCGUGGAUAGGCUGUUUGUUCCCCCCAACAUGGCGGAUGCCAUAAGUACCGCUGUGUUCAACGGACGUCAUGGUGAUGCGUGUGGGAUGUUAAGAGAUCUUUGGGCGCCAUUUGGAUUAGAAGGGUCCCCACGACUUAUUGUGGUGCUUGCUAAGCACCGUUCGGACGAGAACCACUGGGUUGUGCACAGAUUUUCGUUGCCGGAUGGUGCAUUGACAACCUACGACUCAUACCCUGAACGAACCCUUCCUGAUGGUCGACCUCUCGGUUGGUGGUUUGCCAUCCGUGUUGCCUGGCCAGGCGCUAUCUAUGCGAACCCAGACCACCUUAUGCAGAAGAUGGUCCGUCUGCAUCGACCAAUGCAGCUCAAUAUCGAUAAUUCUGUUGCUGCGGCAGGGAUCUGGCGCAAUGUUCUCAUGGGCUCGCGAGCGGAGCGUAGUCUUGACUUGGAGCGUCUCCGAGACCUAAUCAACACAGAAGUAAAGAACUUACGACAGAGGAAGCUACAAGGCAAACUGUCUCUCGGCUCGCCCAAACCGAACUGGGAAGACAGGUAGGCCUGUAUGGGCAAGUGAUGAAAUGCGACGAGUUGCGAUGAGAGCUGGCUGCUGGAUUGCUGGCUAUGAUUUGCGUGUAUGAUUUCGGACAAUAUUUUUUUUCCCCAUCUCGAAUUUACAUUAUGAAAUUUACUGACUUGCUGCCUGUAAAUGGGUGGUACUCGAUAUACUUCUUCUGAUCAUUAUGUACUUUGGAUCCUCGUCCAGUUUUCGACAAUCCCCCUAAUCGUUUGAUUGUCAAUUUCGUUAUUCGAGCUGUUGUUUUUGGUUACUUACUGAUCUGGUGUUUAAGUUGGUGGUGUCUGCUAGUUAUAGCAUGUUCGUUGGAUACGGUAUUUAGAAAUGCAUAAGAAAUACAUUUUGGUUUGAUCUCCUUCAAAAGCUUGAUUGUUUCAUA